CCCUCUGAGUUUUCAUUAGAUUGAUUCUAAUCACUAAAAAAAGGCGGUUAAAACACGCGUUGAAGAGAAACAAAAAGUCCUCGUUAUAUUCAAUUUGUAGAUCUUUCGAUUAAAGUCAUAAAGCCAGUAUGUUUGGAAAAGAAGCAUUGAAGCUUAUAACAGAGCUAGAGUUAUCUGAUGAUAUAAAACCAUUCAAUGAGACUCUAGUCCGUCAAGUCAUUGAUGAAAUGCAUGUUCUUUAUGACGCCAACCUGGAAGAUGUAAAUGCCACAGUUUCAGGAACAGAGAGCUCGAUAGCUCGUCAUAUGUCUGUUCAGUUGAGACAUGCAGCUUUAAAUCGUAAUAAACGUUGUCUGUUAGCUUAUGUUUUCAAUAGAAUGAGAAGACUGAGACAAGCAAGAUGGGAAUUCGGUAGCAUCUUACCUCCAGAGAUUAGUGCGAGCAUGUUGAAUCUUGAAACUCAGUGGUUUCAAGCUUACAAUAAAUCUCUUGCCACAUAUAUGAGGUCUAUUGGUGAUAAUCAAGGAUUAAAUCUUACUGUGGACAUGGUUCCACCUAAAUCAUUAUACAUUGAGGUCAGAUGUCUUGUCGACUAUGGGAAAUUUGAGUUAGAUGAUGGUCAGGUGAUUUUCCUGAAAAAGAAUACUCAUCAUCUCUUGCCUCGAGCUCAGUGUGAACCUCUCAUAAGACAAGGCGUUUUAGAACAUGUUAACUCCUAAUUCAUAUAAAUAAAAGGUUGGCCACAUAUUCCAUGAUACUGCUUGGUAACGAGACUUCGACUGCGGCAGUUCUCAAUCUCCAAGAAGCACUCAUUACUGUAAGUCAUACCAUCAGUGCCACAUACUGGAUCAUAGUAAGGCGGACAAAUUUUCUGACAGCCACGGAAGAGGAAUCCCUGGACGCAACGUUUCAUGGGAACGACGUAGACAUGUUUUCUAAAAUGAAACUUUCUCACGUGAGCAGUGUUGUCUUGGUUUUAAAUUUUAAUAUGAGGAGAUAGAACAAUCUCAAAUGGUCAUGCAUCUCACCCGCAAUUGUCUCUCUUCAUCUCACACUCGUUGCGAUAAAGUUUGUUGUCAGAACCGCAGACAAACUGCCGUUCUCCGCUGCAUAUCUGAUUGCAAAGUGCAGUUGUACGGCAAUGUUGGGCUGGCACGGAAACCACCCUCUGACCACAAGUAUCUCGUCGGAGAUGACACAACGAUCUAAGUAUGAUAAACAAAAAGCAAAACAUUCAAAAAUCUUAAGUACAUUAUCUCGAAUCUUGUAUAACGCUUUUUUUGCUUAUCAGUAAUCAGUUACGUUUAAAUUUAUAAUUUCCAACCAGCAAAAAAAACCUCAGAGGUACCUAAGGCCAUAAAUCUUCCUCAACGUCUCGGCAUUUUAAUCAAUCUUCAAUAAUAUCUUCCACUUACCGGUAAACGUUUCCGUCACUACCGCAAACAGGUUCUUCAGGCUCAUUGCUGCAAUCCUCCGGACAAUUCUCAGUCUCUUUCAAGGUCGUACAUUCGCCUACGUGUGCAAGUUGUAUUCCUUUCCUGAAUACAAAAUUUCGUUGAUAAGAUAAAUCUUUUACUAUUAAAUAUUUAUUUAUUUAUUUUCUCAUCGGUUUUUUUUUAUUUCACUUACAUGCAAAUUGCAACGUUUAGAUGGCACUGAUUAGGAUAAGUGCUCGCAUCACUGCCGCAAACUGGGUCAACAUCGUUACCACACUUUUGAAGUAGUUUAGAGCAUUUAAGGACUCUCGCUUUACAUUUGUCGAAAUCUACAACUGUAAUUUUCCGUCUUGAUUGCCUAAAAAAAUAAAUAUAUUUUUUUAUUAAAAUUUAGAAAGUAUUAAAUAAAUAUUUUUGAAAACAAUAAAA